UAGCACGUCACUUCCGGCGGAGCACAGGAGGCGGGAGAGUGAGGGAAAGGCUGGAAGACGAGCCUGCAGGAUGCUUCCUCAGUGAGAGGAGGGCUGUGGCAUGAUGGCCGUUUUUGAUACUCCUGAGGAGGCCUUUGGUGUCCUACGUCCAGUCUGUGUUCAGCUCACAAAGACCCAGACGGUGGAGAAUGUGGAACAUCUGCAGACACGACUGCAAGCCGUGAGCGACACUGCCCUUCAGGAACUUCAGCAGUAUAUCCUCUUCCCUCUGCGCUUCACCCUGAAGGCCCCAGGCCCCAAAAGAGAGUGCUUAAUUCAGAGCGUGGUGGAAUGCCUCACAUUUGUCCUCUCUUCAACAUGUGUGAAAGAACAGGAGCUUCUCCAGGAACUCUUUUCAGAACUCUCUGCUUGUCUGUAUUUGCCCAACUCCCAGAAGCCUGCAGCUGUGUCAGAGGAGUUGAAACUGGCUGUGAUCCAGGGACUCAGCACCUUAAUGCACUCUGCUUAUGGGGACAUCAUUCUGACUUUUUAUGAGCCUUCCAUGCUGCCACGUUUAGGAUUUGCUGUGUCUUUACUGUUAGGCCUUGCAGAAAAGGAAAAAUCAAAGCAAAUUAAAAUUGCUGCCUUAAAAUGUUUACAGGUUCUACUCUUGCAGUGUGAUUGUCCAGAUCAUCCAAGGUCCUUAGAUGAGCUUGAACAAAAGCAGCUGGGGGAUUUGUUUGCUUCUUUUCUACCUGGAAUCUCAACCGCACUGACCAGAGUUAUCACUGGAGACUUUAAACAAGGUCACAGCAUUGUCUUGUCUUCCCUGAAGAUCUUUUACAGAACAGUGAGCUUCAUUAUGGAUGAUGAACAGCUCCAAGGAAUCUCAAAGGUCCAAGCAAAGCAUGUAGUUGAGCACAGAGUAGCAGACCUGAUGGUUCACAGGGAAGCAGAUUGGGUAAAAAAUACUGGUGACAAAUUGACCAUCCUUAUUAAAAAGAUAAUUGAGUGUGUUUCAGUUCACCCCCACUGGAAGGUGAGGCUGGGACUGGUAGAACUUGUGGAGGACCUUCUUGUGAAGUGUAGUCAGUCACUGGUUGAAUCUGCUGGUUCACUUCUGAAGGCUUUAGUUGGCCUAGUAAAUGAUGAGAGUCCUGAAGUCCAAACCCAGUGCAAUAAAGUUCUGAAACAUUUUGCAGAUCAGAAAGUAGUGGUAGGCAACAAAGCCUUUGCUGACAUCUUGUCAGAAAGCCUGCAUUCCCUCUCCACAUCUCUUCCCCGCCUAAUGAACUCCCAAGAUGAUCAGGGCAAAUUCUCUACUCUCUCCUUAUUGCUUGGUUAUCUGAAGCUCUUGGGCCCCAAAAUAAACUUUGUCCUCAAUUCUGUGGCCCAUCUCCAACGCCUUUCCAAAGCACUCAUCCAAGUUCUAGAACUAGACGUGGCUGACAUCAAGAUUGUUGAGGAGCGGCAUUGGAACUCUGAUGAUCUGAAUACUUCUCCAAAAACUUCAGCUGCACAGCCAUGGAAGCACAUCCAGAGAAGAUAUUUCCGCUUCUUCACUGAUGAGAGGGUUUUCUUGCUCUUGCGGCAGGUUUGUCAGCUACUUGGUUACUAUGGGAACCUUUAUUUGCUUGUAGAUCACUUUAUGGAACUGUACCAUGAAUCUGUGGUUUAUCGGAAGCAAGCUGCCAUGAUCCUUAAUGAACUGGUUGCAGGGGCUGCUGGGCUGGAGGUGGAGGAUCUUCAUGAAAAACAUAUUAAAACAAGCCCAGAGGAACUGAGAGAGAUAGUGACAUCUAUACUUGAAGAAUACACAAGUCAAGAAAAUUGGUAUUUGGUUACCCGUAUCGAAGCUGAGGAAAUGGGAGACGAUCCCAUGAGGAAGCAGUCAGACCUCCAGGCCAUCACGUCUGAUGGACACACCUGUCAGCUUACAUCUUUUCUAGCCUUCUCAAAGCCCAGUCCCACUAUUUGCUCCAUGAACAGCAACAUCUGGCAAAUAUGCAUCCAGUUGGAAGGAAUUGGCCAGUUUGCAUAUGCAUUAGGAAAAGACUUUCGUUUGCUCUUGAUGUCAGCCCUCUAUCCAGUACUGGAGAAAGCUGGGGACCAAACCCUACUCAUUAGCCAAGUGGCUACCGGCACCAUGAUGGACAUUUGCCAUGCUUGUGGCUACGACUCUCUGCAGCACCUGAUCAAUCAAAAUUCAGACUAUUUAGUGAAUGGGAUCUCUUUAAAUUUGCGUCAUCUGGCCCUGCACCCUCACACCCCAAAGGUUUUGGAAGUCAUGCUGCGGAACUCGGAUGCUAACCUGCUUCCUCUGGUAGUAGAUGUGGUUCAAGAUGUCUUGGCCACCUUGGACCAAUUCUACGAUAAGAGAGCUGCUUCCUUUGUCAGUGUUCUGCACGCCCUGCUGGCAGCAUUAGCCCAGUGGUUCCCAGACACAGGUAAUGUUGGACAGCUCCAAGAGCGGAGUUUAGGAGAGGAGAGAAGUCCUUUGCACCAAAAACCAGCAACUGUCGAGAAUACAGCUGAAGACAUUGAACGGUUUUUGCUGAACUACCUCAAAGAGAAGGAUGUGGCAGCUGGAAAUGUCUUGGAUUUUGAUAAUGAAGAAGAGGAGCUGUCAGUCCCUCCAAAAGUGGAAGAAAAUGGUUUGCAUCCAGAUGCAGAACCACCACUGCCAGUGCACAUCCAAAUAGCCAUGGACGUGAUGGAGCGCUGCAUCCACUUGUUGUCAGAUAAAAAUCUACAAAUCCGCUUGAAGGUCUUGGAUGUGCUGGAUUUGUGUGUGGCUGUCCUGCAGUCCCACAAGAACCAGCUCCUUCCCUUGGCUCACCGGGUUUGGCCCUCGCUCGUGCACCGACUCACACAUGACGACCCCCUGGCAGUACUCAGAGCCUUCAAGGUUUUGCGUACCCUGGGAGGCGAGUGUGGUGACUUUCUACGUAGCCGGUUCUGCAAAGAUGUCCUGCCAAAGCUGGCUGGCUCCUUACUCAGCCAGGCUCCCGUCAGCGCCAGGGCUGGAUCAGUUUACUCACACACACUGGCGUUCAAGUUGCAGUUGGCUGUCUUGCAGGGAUUGGGCCCACUCUGUGAGAGACUGGACCUAGGUGAGGGUGACCUGAAUAAAGUGGCUGAUGCCUGCUUGAUUUACCUCAGCACCAAACAGCCCGUGAAAUUACAGGAGGCUGCCAGGAGUGUCUUCCUCCACUUGAUGAAGGUAGACCCGGACUCCACCUGGCUUCUCCUGAACGAACUCUACUGCCCCGUGCAGUUCACGCCUCCCCACCCCAGCCUCCACCCCGUGCAUCUGCGUGAGACUUCUAGGCAGCAGAACCCCUACACAGCCAACGUGCUCUACCUGCUCAAGGAGCUGCAGUGACUUCACCCCACACUGGGCCAGUGGACACCACAGAGGCCACCUCCCCUUCCCCUGCCCACCAGAAGUUGGGCUGACCCCACCCUAGCCAAAGGAGACAGUGGCAGCAGCAGGGAAGGUGAAUUAGACAGCCGAUCGAUUUAUAAAUUGAUCGAUCACACAAUUGCUUAGAAAUUGCAUUGAAGGAAAGUAGCUGACUGUUAUUUGUAUUUCAUACCUUGUGUUUUCAGAUGACAUUGUCUGGCAGCUCUAAGGGUUUAACUCCUUAGCCUACCAUCUCCAUGGCCCUACUGCCUCUCAGACCACCCACACACACUCACACCCAUGAGCACUUACAGACAUGCUGGACCGAGUUCUGAACAGAGCCAAUGUCUUCUGAGUCCCUGAGGGCCAUGUUCAAGUAUCACACAUCUAAGAACCUUCAAAAUACAGCCCUGCCGUCUCUUUCUUUCUCUCGUUCUCUUUCACGCACACGUGCGCCAGUCCCCCUCCAUCCACAUCCUCUCCUCAAGUAAUGAGAUGGAACUAAUUUGUUGUACCUAACCUGUUCUUUGGGAAAAAAAAUGAAAUAAAGGCACUUCUUGGAUGA